AUGAUUAAUUCUUUAAAACUUAGAUCAAAAGAUCUUAAAUGUCCAAAACAUAAUAAUGUGAUAACAAGUUUGUGCAUCACAGAGAAAUUUUCAAUGAAAAAUCGUGUGUUAUGUGAUAUUUGUUUGAAAGAUAAAUAAACCUAUCCAAAUUGGACUCCACUUGAAAAUAUUGAAGAAUUAGUUUAAAAUAUAAGGGAAUGUGAAAAAAUAACAAGAACAAAUGUGAUUAAGGUGAUUUAAAAAUUGAAAUAGGAUAUUGUUUAGGAUUUGGAAUAGUUAGAAUAAAAAAUUAUAGAAAUCCAAUAAAAGUUUGAUCAUACAAGAUUGAUAAAAAAAAUAAUGAAUUAAAAUUAGAUAGUAAUUAGUGAUUUAUAAGAUUUAUCAGAAAAUUUAAGUUAUCUUACUUUAUAUUCUUAAUUCAAGAAUAUUAAUAAAUCCCAACUAUAGAGUGAAUAAUUUUAACCAAUAUUUACAAAAUUAUCUUAAAUAAGAUAAUAAAUAAAAUGCACAUAUGAACAAGUAUUAUAAAUUGAAGCAGAAGUAUAUUAAAUAUAAAAUUUAAAAGGUAAACACAGUUCCUGAUUAUAAAUUAUUAUUUAAAUCGACUCCUGUGAUAAUACCAGCACAUGAUUUUGCAAUAAAUUCGGUGGUGAUAACUCCUGAUUGUAGUAAAGUAAUAACAGCAAGUAGUGAAGGUAAAUUAAAAAUAUGGGAUACAUCAACACAUACAGAAAUAGAAUAGAUAAAUGAUAAUUUUGAUUAUGCAUUUUGUGUUGCUAUUUCAGAUGAUGGUUAACAUAUUGCUGCUUGUGGUUCAAAUGACUAUAUUAUUAGGAUAUGGAAUUUUAAUGAUACAAAAUAACCUAUAUUUAGAUUAAAAUAUCAUACAAAAACAGUUGAAAGAAUCAAAUUUGUACCUGAAUCUUCGUAAUUGGUAUCAAUUAGUUAAGAUCAUUAAGUUGUUAUUUGGCAUGAAACUAAACCUGAACCAUCAAGAAUUUUAAAACACCAUAAAAGUUCUGUAAAGGGAAUAGCUAUUUCUAAUAAUUGUAAAUUUAUGGCGACUUCAGCUUUAGAUAAAUAACUUAUUAUAUGGAAUAUCUCUAAUAAUUUCUCAAUUGUUCAUUAAAUAUAACCACAUAAAACUUCAUGCAAUUGCAUUGAAUUUUCAAAAGAUUUAAAAUAUAUGGUUACAGGAGGAGAAGAUGGAAUUGUAAAAUUAUGGAAAGUACAAACUUGGGAACCUCUUUUAGAAUUUAUUGGACAUACAUCAUUUAUUUGGAAUGUUUAGUUUUCUAAUCAUUCUAAUCUAAUAAUAUCAUCUUCGACAAAAGAAAUUCGAAUUUGGAAUAUACCAUCAGAAUAAUAACAAUAAAUGUUUAGCAUUUAAUAAGAUUAUUAUCCAAAUUUUUGUUUGUCUAAUAAUCAUCAAUUGUUAUGUACAGGAUAAUAAAAUGGUGAAUUAUUUAUUUGGAAAUCAGCAUUAAAUUGA